AAUGAGAUGAAUGCGUCGUAAUCCUAUUCUUUACUCAAUGCCCGUAGGAAACUGCAUAUGUCCCGCCUGCACUGACGGAAAAUAUCCAUAUCCCCGGAUCGCCGAGGCUUGAGAGGAUGAGAGCAGCAUUCAACGCCUCUAUCGACAGCUUUUCUGUCUUGGAUGGACUCUGAUAUAUUUCAAGAACUGUUAUCAAGAAUUACCAAACAUCUUUUCUAAAUCCAAAAGGAACCCCGACACCCAGAAUAUUCAUACAAGUCAACAGUCAUAUCUUUUUUGAAGUAUCUACCGAAUAAACACCCCACCCUCAGCAUGAAUUCUUUACUUCAACAGUCUCCUAGCACGAGUCCCCCCCCUCUCUGUCACAUUGUUACACCAGUUGGGUGUAUGGGUUACGGCUUUGACGAGGACUCUUCCGCCAAUGAACUGGCACAACUCGUUCCCAGUGGCGUUCCAACGGCCAUUAUCCUAGAUGCCGGGUCAACUGACAGUGGCCCAGAGAAGCUGGCCCUUGGCACCAUGACUUGCCCUCGCUCAGCCUAUGUCAGAGACUUGACCAAGCUACUGAAGCUUGUGCACACCUUCCGAGUCCCAUUGGUCUUCGGCUCCGCUGGCGGAGACGGCUCAGAUGAACACGUAAAGUUGAUGGAAGAGAUCAUUGAAGAGAUUUGUGCAGAAGAAAGUAACUCACAAUACUCCUUCAAGACACUCUCGAUAUUUUCUGGCAUCGACAAGUCCAUCAUUCUCCAACGACUUAAUGAGGGCGGAAUCUCCGGCUGUGGGGUUUGUGUGCCCCCAUUGACAUCAAAGGAUAUCACAGACUCAGCCCGUGUGGUUGCACAAAUCGGACCCGAAGCUUUUGUCGACGCAAUGGAAGCUACACCAGACUUUGACAUCAUUAUCGGCGGAAGGGCAUACGAUCCUGCCCCUUAUGUUGCAUACUCCAUGUAUCAGCUCAAACUUCAACACCCAGGCCUUACUUCCGAGCAGGUUGAGGCAAGGCACGGGGGUUUCCUGCACAUGGGCAAGAUCAUGGAGUGUGGUGGGCAGUGCUCGAUACCUAAAUCUCAUGGUGCUGUGGCCACCGUCUACGAAAGUGGCAUGUUCGACGUCAGACCUAUUGCGUCCACGUCACGCUGCACGCCGCUAUCAGUAGCCGCGCAUUCAUUAUACGAGAAUACACGGCCUGACAUUCUGCGAGGGCCCGGAGGUGCUCUCCAUCUCGACCAGGCGCACUAUGAGCAGCUCGAUGAUCAGCGUACCGUCCGGGCGCGCGGGGCACGGUUUGUCUCAUCAAUUGCCGAUGGGAAGCCAUAUCAGUUCAAGCUCGAAGCUGCACGCAUUCUCGGGUACCGAUCCAUUGUUCUCGGCAGUGUCAAAGAUCAUAUUCUCAUCGGCCAGCUUGACGAGUUGCUCAUGCUUGUCAAGGCCUAUGUCAAGCAGCAACACAAGGAUGUGCCUGGUAAUUGGGACCUAGACUUCCACACGUAUGGUCAAGAGCAAACUACGCCUACGGGCCCCGGGGAAAUCUUCAUAAUUGCGGAAGCCAUUGCCCCCACUCAAGAACUUGCUACGGGUCUCGUAUCGACAGCGAGGAUUGCGUUGAUUCAUGGGCCAUACGCAGGUCAAAAAGCUACCUCUGGUAACUUCGCAUUUGGGAUUGCUGGAAAACUCGAGAUUGAGACGGGCCCCUGCGCACAGUUCUCGGUGUACCAUCUCAUCGACCUCAAGCCGGGUGAAGAAAGACUCACGACUACAUCAGAAAGCCAGGGGAACACAAGCAUCCUUCGCUCUUCUGUCUCCCGCUUUGGAGAGGGCCAGAGUCUUGGGAGUCGCGAGCCUCUUCCGUCGGACGGCGAGCCUCAGUCGACAGAUGGGCCGGCUACGAAAGGCAAGAAAGCCCACAAGAGCCCACGAGGUUCCUCCCCAAGUCCAGAGAGCAUCGUAGACCACCCAAAGACGCUUUCAGAUAUCUCCCGGGUCCUGCGCUCGAAGAAUGCGGGUCCCUAUGAGAUCACGAUGGAUGUCAUUUUUGAGUCCGAGUCAAUAUUCAACACGAUUCGCGAGUCAGAAUUGUUGUCUCCUCUGAACGUUGCCGAUGCCCUUGGUAUUUCUGAGGAUGAAAUUGUGUGGAUUGGAUUCUUUGAACCGGCUCUAGCAUUCAAGGUGACUAUACCCCGGUUUAGAGGGGGCAAGAAAGCUUCAGCUGGCAGUUUCAUGGAGAAUGACAUUCACGGGUCGCAACAGCAUUUGGGACUUUCGAUCCUGAAGCUCCCGCAAGAUCUUGCGACAUUGAAGACUUGAAAAGAUGAACUUUGAAGUCGACUUGGAUGAGGCGGUGGCUUUUGUUAUUCUUUUAGUAUAUAGACAUAUAUUUCAGGACAUGAUACAUGAUGACUUAUGCGGUCGAUCGUGGCCGUGCUUCGGGAUGUGACGUUCCAGCGCGCAGCAUAUCGAGUGGG